AUGAAUUAGAUCUAAAGUAUCCAAGAUCUUAAACUCAACUAAGAGGAAUUCUUCCUCCUAUCUAACAAAAACUACAGAAGCUGCCCUAGACAUCCUGAUAACUGGAUUGUUUCGUUAAGCACUAAUCCUAAUUCUAGCCAAUUCAUUCAAUGCGCUGAGUGUUUUUCUGAGAAUCCCAAUUAAUAUUCUUUGAAUUUAGUUGGACUUAUUAAGGAAAAUGAAAAAACUGUUUUUAAGAACUACCCAGUUUAUGGAGAUAAUGAGCUUUACGAGAAACUUAAGCAAAUCUUUGAGGCUGAUUGCUCUGUUGAUGGAUUGUUAUCUAAAAUUUCAUCUUUUUUCUUAAACUUAAGAAAAUAAAUCGACCAAAAAAUAAUAAUUAAAGAAGAACAGAUGAUGAGCUAAGCAAAGUCAUUAUGGAGCUUUAAUGAACAGGUAAUUAUUUAAUAUAAUAAAUUAGCCGAAAAAGAAUAGCUUAAGAAUAUCAUCACCAAUUUCAAAGAUGACCUUGACAAAAAAAAUAUUAAGAAGAAUUGA